AUGGUCUUGACGCCUAAAACUUGCCUCGCACUUCUUGAAUUCUGUCCUCCAAAGUUUCGAAAAUCCGUGUUUCCAACUCGCAAGAUUUUUCCAUAUAUUUAUCUUGCAAUUCUUUUUUUAAAUUGGCAGUAUUUUCCAAACACUUCUCUUCUAAUUUGGCUGUACUUUCCAAGAGUUUUCCUUCUAGGUUGGCACAAUUUUCCACGCGCUUUACUUCUAGGUUUGCACAAUUUUCCACGAGCUUAUUUUCUAACUUGGCUGAGUUUUCUAAAAGAUCGGCACAAUUUUCCACGAGCUUUCCUUCUAGGUUAGCACAAUUUUCCACGAGCUUGUGUUCUAACUUGGUCGAAAGGUUUUGCAGCAUUAAACCAAUAUCCCCUUCACCGGUAAAAAUGAAAAUAUCCGGCUCCUCACCUUCCUCAAUCAGUGCUUGACGAAGCCGCUCCUGUAAUUCUGCUUUCUUUCCAGCCAUGUCGCACCCUCUUUCCUCCA